AUGGGUAAAGCUCUUCACGCUUCAUGCAAAGGGCUACAAAAUGAUAUUCUCACUCGUGUUCUUGAAACAAACACCACAACUAGGAAUGCGUGGUUGAAAAUUCGUGAAAUAUUUUUGAAUAACAAAGGUGUUAGAGCAGCGGCUCUAGAACAACAGUUCACAAAUCUAACUCUCUCAUCUUGCUCAUCUCUUGAUGAGUAUUGCAAAAAAUUAAAGGAUCUUGCAGAACAACUCGGUGAUGUCGAGCACGAGGUAACCGAGUCACCACUCGUCACCCAACUAGUUAGAGGCCUGCCUCCGGAAUAUGACAUCACUGCAUCAUUGAUUAAUCAAAAAUCACCAGGAUGGGACAUUGCAACAACUAUGCUUGAUCUGGAACGUCAACGACUUGAGGCUAGGCAACAAUCUUCCACAAGCAACACGGUUCUCACGGCGGCUACUGGUGCAAACUCUCAACCACCAAACGGCUCUCAACCACCUGGAAACCCUACCAGCCAGCCGACCUACUACACUCGCCUCGAAGGGCAGCAACAAUUUUACAAGGGAAGAAGUCGUGGUCGCGGAUAUCGUGGUCGAAAUUCUCGCGGAAGACACUUUCAACCUUAA